UGGUGGGCGCAGGGAAUGACAGUCCCUCCAGGACUGACGCGCCUCACCGUGUCUUGUGUCUGUGGGCAGGAGGAAGGCGAGCUCAUAGUGGAGGGGCUGCUCAACAUCUCCUGGGGUCUCCGCCGGCCCAUCAGGCUGCAGAUGCAGGACGACAACGAGCGAAUCAGACCUCCCCCCUCCUCCACCUCCUGGCACUCAGGCUGCACUCUGGAUGCUCAGAGCAAAGAGGGCUCCCAGCUGGCCCCGCCGGCCAUCCAGGUGACCGAAGCCGAUGACCAAUCAGACGGCAGCGCUGUGAUGAAGGAGGAGGGCGAGGCAGGUGAUGAAGACGAGGAGGACUCCCCCCAGCUGCUCCGGACGAAGAGCGACGCAGGGGUGUGGCGCAGAGGGAAGAGACGGACGCCCAGCGACCAGCGGCGACUCAGACGCCACCGGUUCUCCAUCAACGGCCACUACUACAACCACAAGACGUCUGUCUUCACGCCUGCGUUUGGCUCCGUGACCAACGUGCGGAUCAACAGCACCAUGACGACGCCGCAGAUCCUAAGGCUGCUCCUCAACAAGUUCAAGAUCGAGAAUUCCCCCGACGAGUUCUCACUGUACCUGGUGCACACCAGCGGGGAGCGGCAGGAGCUGAAGUCUACAGACCACCCUCUGGCCGUGCGCGUCCUGCAGGGCCCCUGCGAGCAGGUCAGCAAGAUCUUCCUGAUGGAGAAGGACCUGGGCGAGGAGGUCACCUACGACGUGGCUCAGUACAUUAAGUUCGAGAUGCCAGUGCUGCGCAGUUUCAUUGCCAAGCUGCAGGAGGAGGAGGAUCGCGAGGUGCAGAAACUGAAGACUAAGUACACAGCCCUGCGCUCUUUGAUUCAGAGGCAGCUCCAGUGCGCGUCAGAGGGGCCCACCUCCAUGUGACCACCCCUCGGAGCCCCUCCCCUCCUCACAGAGCCCUCCCCCUCCCCAGCAUCGUUCCACUCCUCCCUCUCUCUCUCCUCUGCCUUCACUCCCUUUUCUGCCUCACACCACUCCACUCUGCCCACCCCUGUGGCUCUGCAGCCACAGGCACUCUGCUUUUCUGUGGGAAGAGUUUUGCUCCCAAUAUCCCUGCGUACUCUGGUACCCCCUGAUAUCGUCAUGGCAACCCCCAGCCAAUGCCAUGGCAACCAGUAUCCUCUGUGAUGCAAGUGAACUGUAGUAACUUGUGAAGAACAGCAAUAAUAAGUAUGAAUACCUUUUGUAGCACUUUUUGUUCCUGUGGACUGUGUUCCUCUAAUGAACAGAAUGGCAGGUCAGAGAAAUAAAAACCAAGCUUAAAGAAAUGAAGCCCAUGCUCCGUAAGGGAGCUGGUCAGAGUCUCCACCCCCAGAAGGAAGUGUCAGUCAGAAAGAAGUGGGUUCUAGCUCUCCUCUCCUCUGGGGACAGGAGGCACAAUCCUCUUGCAGGACGUCCAGUCUCAUUCUGACCUCCCUGGCAGCAGUGGACUCUUUGUUUGCGCUUUGCCAGGUCCGGGUGUUUCUGGUGUUGGGGGUACUGGCAUGGCCACAGUGCCCAGCCCCUUGACCUUCGCCUCUGCGUGAUUCUGAAACUGUGACGACGCGACGGUUCACAGUUCAGUUUAUUUUAUGUACACUCCCCUUUGUGGACCGCGCCGAUGACGUCUCCCUUCCCAGCACUGCUUUGCCUGAUCAGUUUGGAAAUAAAGAGCCAAAAGGAGGGACUUCUGGUCCCAUGGGCUAACGUUUCGGCCCCAGUCUUCCUUCUCCCUCUUUUUGGUCUUCUUGAGGAAACAUGGAGCUUCGCUGUGAGUGUGUGUAAAAAGAUUUUGAUGUGUAGAAUGUUCCUUGGGUGUCUGCUGAGUGUGCUCUCUGCUUCUGCGUUUGGACAGCUUUUUCCAGCCGACUGCGUUGUCCACCUUUGCUUAAAGAUAAGACGUGAGUGAGGAAAAGAAGUGCACAUCAUUUUUUUUUCUGUAAGCGGAUUGCAAUAAUAAACUUUUUUUAUUAUUUAAUUGA